AUGGACAGCGAAGAGUUUCAAAAGCAAAUUGACGAGGCUCUACGAAAGGAUGAAGAGAUAGGAAAAGGAAAAGGAGUAGAAGGAGCAGGAGAAGAGGCGAAUGACGGAAGAGAAGGGAAAGAGAGUGAAAGAGAAACAGAAGGUCAGGCUAGGGAGGAAGAACUAGACAAUAAUCUGGCCCCAACAGUAGAAGAAAACGUACCCAAGCAGAUCACCACUAGGCAGUCCAAAAGGAAAACGGCCCCACCUCCUCCAUUCCCACCCCCAAGACCAAGUACGUCAAAAGCAAUCGGCACUAUACGAAUUAAGAAAAUGAAAUUAGCAGAAGAAACGAUUGUGAACAAACCAAAACGAAUCACCAAACCUCCCACCAACAAACCAGCACCUGUCAAACCGGCACCACGAACGCAAUCAAGACUGAUCCAACAACAACCCGCUGAACAAAACCUUCUAGAGACCAAUCAACAAAUCGACUCGUCAGAAGAAGAAGACGACGAAGAGAACCAAGGUACAAACGGUGGAGGGAUGUGGUCCGGUGCAUACCAGACCAAGAACCGCCAACAACGGAUGACAGUUGGCGGGAUAACCUUGGGCGAUGCAGACGAACAAAACCCAAUCGAGGAACCAGUCUCAACUGAACCAUCGUUCGACAAUAGCAUUGCUAUGCGCCUAGACGAAGAGAUUGGACCAGAGGGUACUGAAAUGGCUGAUAUCGGCAUGAGAAACCCAAGGAUUUACCGCUUAGCAGAACGCGACACUAUUCGGUACAACGAUGACAUGUACCUCGACAAUCCUUACGCAAUCACGGACCAACGAGAUGGGACGACCCAAGUCGAACCAACUCAAAAGAAGAUCGUCUAG